CAACAAACACAAAACAGAAGUGCACGUCUGCGCCGCAAAGGAACGCCAACCCGAACUCACCCACAGCCCCGCCCGCCAGGCAGAUCCCAGACGGAGAUCAGGCCCCGUCCGAUCCGCCCGCGACCUUUCCCCCAACCCCGCCCCGCUCGUCGGCGGCUGUCUGCGCCGCCGCCCGCCGCCCGCCGCGGCGUCGCUUCCCAAGUCCAACAACCUCCCGAUUCGGCCGCGCGGUUGCAAUUCCCCACUGACGUCUCCCGAAUCAUCGCGCCCCCGACGGCCGCGGGGAUGAACCGGAUCCCGUCCGUCUCGCUGCGGGGCGACGCGGCCGAGGCGGGCGCGGCGGCGGCGCCCGACCCCGCGGCGCUGGCGCGGUGGGCGCGGGCCUUCUGCAUCAUCCGCUUCGACCUGGAGCGCGGGCAGCUGGUGGAGGCCUGCUUCCCGCCGGACGCGCUCGCCCACGGCGGCCUCGACCGCCUCGUCGCCUUCUCCUCCUUCCCGGACUCCAUGUCCCACCACCUCCCGCGCCACCGCUCCUCCGUCCACGACUCGCUCUUCUCCUUCCGUCUCCCGGACCCAUCCCCUUCCGCCGCGGGCUCCCGCCGCGGCUUCCUCUACGGCUUCGUCUUCAACCGCCAGCGACAGGACGAGCGCCUCCCCCGCGGCGGCGAGCAGAAGUCCGUUGUCAUACUCUCACACGCGCCCUACUCUUCCCUCUUCCGCCUGCUGCUGCAGAUCCUUGGCCCCCUCUGCUUCGACAUAGGCCACAACGCGCUGACAAUGGUGGCGUCGCACGUUGCCGCCUGGCCGGCACCGUCACCAGGGUGCCCCAUGGAGCUCCCCAUUGGCAGCGCCGCGCUGCGGGUGCACCUUCCGCCCGCGGCCGACGACCCUGGGCCGCCGCCUGCGCUGUUGCCGGCGAACCCCUCGGUGCCGUAUGGGCUCUUCCACGAUGCUGAUCUGUUUGCUGCAUUUCGUGGCUUGCUCCUCCACCUGUGGACUCUCUGGGAACUCAUGGUUGUUGGUGAACCCAUACUGGUUGUGGCGCCAUCACCACCUCAGUGCUCCGAGGCUGUGGCUGGGCUUGUUAGCCUUGUUGCUCCAAUCUUGUAUAGUGUGGACUUCAGGCCGUACUUUACUAUUCAUGACCCGGACUUCGCUCGCCUUAAUGCACUUGCAGAAGGUGAGGUGUUCCCACCGAUGGUGCUCGGGGUGACGAACUUGUUUUUCCUGAGGAGCCUUAAGAGUGUUCCAAAUGUGGUGUCCGUGGGAAGCCCGAAUCCAGAUUCUACUAGGGUGCUCCCAGCAGGUGGGCAAUCACCAACAUCAGCAAAUGGAUCCAAUGGGACACCUGUGAGGUUCAAACUUGAAAAACUUGCAAUCAAUAAGUUUUCGCCCACUGGUCUAUUGAAUUCAAUCAAGUUGAGAAGAGAAGGCCCUCUUUCCCUCAUGACAGAGCAUAAAGAGGCGCUAUGGAGCACAUAUGUGCCAACUACAAAGCCCGACACCUCUGUUCUAAAUAGACUCAUUGAUGCCGGUGUGUCUCCGAGAAUUGAGGAGUCCAUGUCAGUCGUCAACAAUGAGAUAUUGAGGCGGCAUUUCUUGGAGUUAACGACCAACUUCCUUGCGCCUUUUGGGCCAUAUCUGAGAACUACAACACCACUGGAAGGGAGUUCUCCAUUUGUUGAUCCACCAUUACUUCCACCAUUUCACGCAGAUGAGUUUGUCAAUGGUUUGGCUUCUAGAGGUCCAGGGAAAUUUUUGUCGAAAAGGAUGAAGUCCAAUUGGUUGGAUUUAUAUAGAAAAUUCUUGGAAGGCCCUAACUUCAUGCCUUGGUUCCGACAAAGACGUUCUGCUGCAGAGCAAGAUCAGAUAAGGUUAUGGAGGCAAGCUCGCAUGAAUGUUGAUAUUGAGAAGUUAAUGUCAAAGAUGUCUGAGUUGGAGAGGAUUGAUUCUUUUAAUGUUAUUGAGCGGUAUCUUCUCAAAGAGAUGGAGAAUUCUCGGACAGGUACUGCUGAAUCAAUAGCAGCAUGCCAGAAACUGAAGGCAGAUCUCCAAGCAGCAUUCAGUGUCCUCCCAAAGGACAUGCAGCAGCUGCUGGUUUCCAACCCUAAACGAGCCGUGCUUCUUCAAGCCAGCCAAGAAAAGGUCUCAGGACUUGGGGACGUUGUCUCCCAGACAAGUUUGUAGCAGUUCUUUUUCUUUGUAAUAUUAAUAUUGCGAUUCUUUUAUACACAAGAGUAAAAAAAUUCACACGAUUUUUUUAUACAUGGGUGCUGGCCUGCUGGGUCUGACUCACUUUUAUC